CCAUUUCUAUUUUCGGUUCGUGAUCGAAAUACAAACAAACGAUGAAAACCAAUUGAAACUGGAAGAACGUUCAAUUUUGAAAUAACUUCUUCAAGGUACCUGGUCUACUCACUUGACAUAAAAUAUGGGACUUCUUUAGCCAUUCCACGGACAACUCAGGGAUGGAUGAUGAUACCAGUGGAUUGGUGGAUCCAGCUAUUCUGGAGACGGAUGGCAAACAGUUUGCUUACCAGGCCGUGGAAUAUGACAAGACGGGCAACUAUCCUAUGGCUGUGUUCUAUUACAAUGAAGCUGCCCAGGCCUUACUCUCAGCAGCUCUGGCUGGUUCCAAGCUCCCCAACAUCAUCAACAAAGCCAACGAAUAUAUACUGAGAGCCGAGGAGCUCAAGAAAGCUAUAAACUCAGGAGCUGUGGUAACUCAAACCAGUGAGCACAAGUCAAAAGAGAAGCUGGACAUGGAGAGAGGGAACUUCCUCCUUCAUCAGGCGUUUGAUGAGGAUGAGGCGGGUAACCUCAACGAAGCGAAGGAGCUUUACACAGAGGCUGUCGAAGUCUUCCUCAAAAUUAGAGACAGUACCUCAGAUAAAGGACUACAAGAGAAGAUGACAAAAGUAGCAUCUCAGGCCUUGGACAGGGCUGAGGAUAUAAAGAAGAAACUGUCUGCUUCCUCAGGGGUGAAGCCUCUCCCACCCCUAAACAAAGCGGGGGAGUAUAAUAAGCCCCCUCCCCUGGGGUAUGGGGCUUUCUUGGACGAUGAUGAUAAGGCAUCCUUACCUGCAGGGAAACCCUCCACAGCAAACAACGCCCCUAAACGAAGUGGCCAUCUUAUUAACCUGGGGCCCACUGUGUAUUCUAGAGAAGAAAUCGAAGUUCUCAGGAAAACUUCUUUCAUCAAUGGAAGAGAAUACGUUCCUUUUAUGAGUGUGGACAUGAAGGAAAAAUUUGCAUAUCCUGUUCCUUACAGUGACAAGUGCGGUAAGCUUGCCCUGUCCCCCAAGCAGCGAGCUGACCUCCAGGGUUGGGUGAGGCCAGAGCAGUUCUGUGAUAACCCACAAAUUAUCUACACAGUCUCCUGCUACAGCAUCAAACAGACCAUUGUAUCUGACUGUAGUUUUGUUUCAUCCCUUGCCAUUAGUGCUCAGUAUGAAAGACGGUUCAAGAAAAAACUUAUCACAAGCAUCAUCUAUCCCCAGAACAGGAAUGGAGACCCUGUGUAUAAUCCCUGUGGGAAAUACAUGGUGAAACUCAACAUUAAUGGUGUACCAAGAAAGGUGAUCAUUGAUGACUUUUUCCCAAUGGGGAGAGGUGGGGAGCUCCUCUGUUCUUUCUCUAACAACAAGAAUGAGUUAUGGAUCUCCCUCCUAGAGAAAGCCUACAUGAAAGUAAUGGGUGGUUACGAUUUCCCGGGAUCCAAUUCAAACAUAGACCUCCAUGCUCUAACAGGAUGGAUCCCAGAAAGAGUAGCCAUCAAAAGAAAUUCUGAGGAUUUUGACAGAGACAAGGAAUUCAAACGAAUCCAUGACAGGUUUCAUAAAGGACAUUGUUUGAUCACCAUAGCAACUGGAGAAAUGCAUGAUAGUGAGGCUGACAGAGCUGGCUUAGUGCCAACUCAUGCUUAUGCCAUGUUGGACAUUCGAGAUGUGAAAGGGAAAAAACUCUUUAUGUUAAAAAAUCCCUGGAGUCAUUUACGUUGGAAGGGGAAUUUCUCAGAGAAAGACCUAAUGAAUUGGACUCCAGAUUUACAGAAGCUGUUGAAUUAUGAUCCCAAAAGUGCCCAACAGUAUGAUAACGGGGUGUUUUGGAUUGACUACGAUUCUUUGUGUCGGUUUUUUGAUGUUAUUUACAUAAACUGGAACCCAGAGCUGUUUAAAUACACAACAUGUACUCACAGUACAUGGGCAGCAAAGGAAGGGCCUAAGAGAGAUUCCUAUAACAUCAGUGAUAAUCCACAAUUCCGUCUAGAAAUCCGAGCCAAUCAGCCGGCGGCUGUCUGGAUUUUGCUGACUCGACACAUCACAGACAAGGAUGACUUUGCUGAUAACAAAGAAUUCAUCACCCUGCUGGUUUACAAGUCGGAGGGAAAGAAGGUCUUCUAUCCCUACAGUCCCCCUCCUUAUAAAGACGGAGUCCGAAUCAACACGCCUCACUACCUCUGUAAAAUGGUGGAAGAGAAGGGAACCAGGCAAUUCACGCUGGUCAUAUCGCAGUACGAAAAGAACAACACCAUUCACUACACACUGAGGGUGUUCUCUUCCUGCGAGUUCAGCCUGAACAAGAUCGUGGACCCGUAUAAAAAGCAAUAUGAAAAGAGGGUGAAUGGCCAGUGGAAGGGUCGUACGGCGGGGGGCUGUGGUAAUUACCGGGACUCCCACUCCAACAACCCCAUCUACCAGUUCCGCCUGGACAACAGCCACACGGACAACUACAUCCUGCUGGAGCUACUAGGACCCAAACAAUACAGCGUGGGGUUUGAGGUGACAUGUGUGUCAGAAAAUGUCCCGGGAGCUCCCGGCCAGUUCAAAAAGACAAGUUCCGGUGAUUACAGGAAUGGUUACUGUGUGCUACAGAUGGACAGGAUCUCAGGGGGCGUGUACAACGUGAUGCCCAGCACCUUCCUCCCCGGACAGGAGGGGCCGUUCUUCCUGGACAUCAGUAGCGCGGGGCCGGUCACUGUGGCUCAGAUACAGUAGUGCUAGAGGUUGUUGGGGGUGGGGUUACAGGAGGAGCAGUGAAACAAAAGACAAGAGGGACUGUUUUUCUUGGAUAAAUAAAGUGCAGAUGAGAUUCGACCACCAUAUUUCUGAUACAGUAGUUGCAUACAUGUUGGGCAGGGGGAGGGGUUCAUAAAGCCAAGACAAUAAGCCUUUUAGGAUAGUCAUUCCUGGGUAUAUGUGGUGCAUCGUGACCCAGAUGAUAAAGUAGUGGUAUUGGAUAUGAGAGAAGGUUGUUUGGGGUGGAAGGAGCAAUGAAGCAAGAGGGACAACAGAGCUGUUUUUCCAGUUACCAUGGAUACAGUGGUGGUAAAUGAUACAGGGGGAGGAGGAACAGUGAUGAUUUUUAUUCCUAGAUAAAUAUUGUGCAGAUCCUGUCAACAUGGCCCAGAUAGUAGGUUGGAGCAACAGUGAAACAAUAUACUUUUAAUUCCUUGAUAUCCAGUACUGUUAGUCCAGUGUUAUAGAGAUAAAUCGCUAUAGGUUUGGGGGUGGGAAGGAGCGGUGAACAAGAGACAUAAGGGACAGCGUUUUCUUUGAUAUCAGUGGUGAUUGUCCUGUCACAUUGGUCUUUAUACAAUGAGAGAGAGGGGAGAAAGAUGUACAGUCAUGUAGCAUUCAGACACCAAACAAUAUCAAACCUGUCUGAUAUAUCUCUAAUAUUCUUUAUUGUUGUCAGAACAACUUGAAGAGUGCAUGGGGUUGAGAAUUGUGGAUUUUUUAGCGUUAAGGAUUUUUCUUUAAAAGUUUUAAAUGGGUCCGGGGUGUGUCGGAAAAUAUGUUUGAUAUUUUGAUAUAUUAUAUUCAAGUCCUGAUGAAUACAGCAUCAAAAGUUGACUUGAAAUUGUAAUAUGCACAACUUUUUGAAUGGAUUGGGGUUUUUUUUAUAUGUUUAUUAUAAUCAUUUCAUGUCAAGUAGUAUGAACUUUUGAAAAGUAUGAACUUGUGCAUUGCAUAAAAGUUGUUUGAACUACUCAAGUGAAUAUUAAUAAUCUGUGUCUUCUUGUGAUAUUUUUUUUUUCAUUUGUUAAAAUUAUAUAUUAUUGUUCAUUUUAUACAUUAAAGCAAAUGGAAAAAAA